AUGGGUCAGAACGUGAGCCAAGUUCGGCGUCGACUACAAGGCGAGCCACUGCCGCGAGAGGAGGCAACAGAUAGGUCCCUGCCCGACCCCGUCACCCUCCUCGAGACGAACAAGGCGCCGCUCUUCAUCGAGGACUACGACGCCCCCAACGCCGACUGGAACCGCGAGACGCUGUACACGUACGCCAAGCGGCUCUGCGGGGCAUUACCCGAGUCCGAGACGGAGCGGCGAAAACGGGCCCAGCGCCACGCCUCGUUUGUCCCUGGCAUCCACAGCGACAUCCACUUUUCGCACCAGCACCAGCAAAGCGUCCCGGUCCUCGUGGCCGACGCGGCCGUGCGACGCCUGCAAAUCUUCAUGCGCCGCGCCAAUUACCGGCGGCGCUGGCGCGCGAUCGUCGAUACGCUCGUGCAUCGGCUGCGCGAGCAAGCGCAGCUCGAGCGGGCUUGCGCUGAAGAAGCCGUGAUGCUCGGCAAGUUUCGCGACAUUCUGCUUGGCGGCUUCUCGGCUGCCAAGGUCUCGGCGCGCGGCAACCUCAAGAACAUAACGAUGCGCCUCGUCGUCGACGCCGAUGCGUGCUACUUGACGUGGACGCCGUCCGUGAAGAAGACGCCGCGACUCUAUAUCCGUGCCGAGAACAUCCACGUCCCGUCGCGGCUCUUGCGCCACAUUAGCUACCGGCGAUCGCUCGUCAUCUACGGCACGCUGCCGCAUCUUACGGCGCUGCCACUGCGCACGAUUCUCCAGGUCGGGUCGUCCAAGGAGCGCGAUCUUCUCGUGCGCGGCUUCUCGCAGUUUCUCUCCGACUCGGUCUUCCAGACGUUCAUGGACGACGCGGGCGUGCUUCGAAAAGACAAGCGGCGCGCGCCGAUCACGUACUUUAACCCGACGCCCGUGGAGACGACCGACCACCUCACGGCCUUGGAGCGACUCGAACGCGCCGAGAUUCGCCAGCGCCGCGGCCGCGUCUCGUGCUUUGCGACCCACGAACCGCAGGAGGAAUAUGGUGACGAAGACGAUAUUGACAGCAACACUGUCCAUCAAAGCGACUUUGUGCUAAGCGACGACGACGAGCAGCCUGAGCCGGACCGGUCGCGGUCGGACCACAGCGACGACGGCCUACCCGUCCACCCCCACCCCACCCCCACCAAGAAUGCCAGUGCGGAUUUGGAGGAGAAGGCACCACCGCCGCUAUUGCAGUACUAUGCGACGCGGUACGACGAGAUGGAAGUCGCGCCGGGCGUCGUGGACCACCGUCCGCGGCCCGUGCACCAGCAGGCGCACCUCGAGAAGGAAGAAGCGUCGCUGGCCUAUUUAUUCGAGAGCCUGCUCUCGCAAUAA